AUGGGAAGCACUUCUCCACCUGCAUACUCUCCACCUCGCCGCUCGCCUGCUUACACCGCUGAGCCUGGUUCCAACGAGACACGCAUAGCUGUUACAUCGCGGAGAGCUCGCCGUUCGGCUCCAUCUCGUACUUUUACUUGGCGGAAUGACACUGUCACUCUGUCUAUUCUGGGGAAAGAGGAGGGUGUGGCAAGCCCGACCUACGGUAGGAGUGGGGUAGUCAGUGCCGAAAUCAGCAUAAACUCGGAUACAGCGUCUAUCAUGUCUGUCGCCGUUCAGAUACAAGGUGUCAUGAAACUAUCGAUUAUGGAUACAGCCUAUGCGGAAGUCCCCGUUUUUCUUCGCUCAUACACGCUUUGGAGCAAACACUCUCAAACGCCUUCGUCCGAAAUGUGCCCUGGAACACUGCUAUUCGAGGAUAUCCUCUCGCUGACCUACGAAGACGGCGGACAUACGUACGACCUUCCGCCUACUUAUAAAGUGCAGUUACCCGGCCCUACUGGCCUCGACGUCGAUUGCAGCUACAAUAUCACCGUCUGCGUCACGAAAUCGAGUGAUUCGAGACUCUGGCGGUCGCAUAUCCGUGACAAACUGGUGGCAGAAAUAGUCUAUCGUCCGCGAGCUAGAGCCUACCGACCGAUUCUAUCCUCACCCUUCCCGUUCUCCUCCACAAUCAAAGCGGUACCUGAAGAAUGGCGUCAGGUUCCUUCGAAAAUGGUUCCAUAUCCCAGUCAAUCACAUAUCGAAGCCAUCGAUUGUCUGCUUUUCAUCCCAGCCGUCCAGAUUUACUCCCUCAGCGAUAACAUCCCUGUCUACCUCCAACUCCGUGGCCGUGUAUCCUCCCUUCGCGCAUUCAUGCACACCGCACCUCCAACCUCCGCACUCUCUUCCCUCUUCCGCCAUUCAGUCACCCCUCAACCUCCCGAACAACCCACAGUCAGCGUCUUCCUCUCUCGCCAGGUCACGGUCUCCAUCCAAGGACAACGUGCCACGAGGCUGAUCAAGCUCGGCGAAGCCAACCUCUGCUCGAUUCCUCCGGACGUGAACUUGGCUAUGCAGGACCAUGAUGGAUUGGCAAAUCUGGAUUAUGAGGGGGAGGUUAGGUGUACGCAGGAUGAGACGGUCGGGAGUUUCUUCACGAGGCAGUUGCUUGUCAAGGACCAUAUUGUGGUGCACCUCGUCCCAUCCGGUACGGAGAGGUCCCCGUUGCAAGAGCAUAGGAAUUCGUAUCCUAUCAGGCUCGUCACGGAACCAUUUCAAGAGGAGCCUGACAUCGACACGUAG